CUCCCCCCGCGCUGGGCGCCGAGUGGGCGCGCCCGGGGGGCGGGGCCAGGGGGCGGGGCCACGGGGUGCGCGCGGCCGGCGGCAGCAUGGCGGACGCCCCCCCCGCGGAGCCGCAGCGGUUCCGGUGCCCCCCCGGCUUCGCGGCAGCGCCGCCGUCGCCCCCCCCCGGGCCGUGGGACGAGGCCCUGGGCCGCCCCGGCACCGAGCUGUGGCUCAUCCGCGCCCCCGCCGACUUCCCCCCCGAGAGCCUGGAGGGCUGCGCGGUGCCGCUGGGGGGCUGCGGGGGGCUGCGGGGGGCCGGGCGGCGCUGGGGGGUGCGGGGGGGCCCGGGGGGGGCGGGCGGCGCCCGGCUGCUGGUGCCCUGCGCCCGCUCGGGCCGCCUGGCCUGCGCCCCCCCCCUGCGCGGCACCCUCGCCCUCGCCGAGACCUUCGGCCCCCCCGCGCCCCCCCCGGGGCCCGAGCCGGAGCCGCCCCCCCCGGCAGCUGGGAGGAAGAAGAGGAGGGAGCGGAGGAAGGAGCCGGCGCCGCCCCGGGAGCCGGACGCCGAGGGGGGGCCGGAGCCGGAGCCGGAGCCGGAGCCGCCGGAGCCGGAGACACCGGAGCCCCCGAAGAAGAAGAAGAAGAAGCACAAGCGGAGGCGGGAGGCGACGGAGGACGGGGGGCAGACGGAGCCGCUGUGACCCCCCCGCUGCGGAGGAGAUCCUGCAGUGAUCCCGGCCCAGGAGGGAUCCUGCUCGCUCCCGGCCUCCGCCACGGACGAGAUCCUGCAGUGAUCCCAGCCCGGGAGGGAUCCAGUUUGCUCCUGGCCUCCACAAUGGACAAGAUCCCGCAGUGAUCCCAGCCUGGGAGGGAUCUGACUUGCUCCCAGCCUCUACCAUGGACAAGAUCCUGCAGUGAUCCUGACCCAGGAGGGAUCCGGCUCCCUCCUGGCCUCUACCGUGGACAAGAUCCUGCAGGGAUCCUGGCCCAGGAGGGAUCCUGCUCAGUCCCAGCCUCUGCAAUGGACAAGAUCCCACAGUGAUCCUGGCCCGGGAGGGAUCCAGCUCCAUCCUGGCUUCCACAAUGGACAAGAUCCCACAGUGAUCCCAGCCUGGGAGGGAUCUGACUUGCUCCCAGCCUCUACCAUGGACAAGAUCCUGCAGUGAUCCCAGCCCAGGAGGGAUCCUGCUCGCUCCCAGCCUCCGCCACGGACGAGAUCCUGCAGUGAUCCCGGCCCGGGAGGGAUCCAAUUUGCUCCUGGCCUCCACAAUGGACAAGAUCCCGCAGUGAUCCCAGCCUGGGAGGGAUCUGACUUGCUCCCAGCCUCUACCAUGGACAAGAUCCUGCAGUGAUCCUGGCCCAGGAGGGAUCUGGCUCGCUCCUGGCCUCCGCCAUGGACAAGAUCUCGCAGUGAUCCUGGCCCGGGAGGGAUCCAGCUCUCUCCCGGCCCCCACCACAGACUAGAUCCCGCAGUGAUCCCCCCCCGGCGCCAGACGAGGUCACGGUGCCGUUUGGUGCCGCUCGGCGCCGUUUAUUUCCCAAAUAAAAGCGUUUCCGCCGCGGGGUCCCGCUCA